UCAAAUCGUUGAUUGAAUCUCGACAGUGAUUGCCAUUUUCAGCACAUUUUCAAAAUUUCCACAGCAACUGAAAUUUACUAUACAAAUAGUAUCACAAGAAUUCACAACAAAGCAAACUGUUCAAAUCGGUUAAAAUGUUAACAAAAUACCACAGCCUAAUAUAUUUCAUUGUGAUUACGUAUCAUUUCUAUCGGACAAAUGCGGCGAUGACAAUGAAACAGCUCGAACAGUCAUUGGCUAUGUUUCGUAAGACAUGUUCGGAAAAAAAUAACAUUGACCCGGCUCUUGUCGAUGGAUUGCAUCGCGGUGAAUGGCCUGAUGAUAACAAAGAUUUGAAGUGUUUUGCAUUGUGCAUUGCUCAAACGUCUGGGACGUUGACCAAAAAGAAUGAACUGUCCGAACAAAAAGUUAAGAAACAAAUCUUAACACAAUUACCGGUCAAUUUAAGAGAAUUGGCUCUCGGUGCAUUGGAAGCAUGCAAAGAUAUCCAGAAAGGUUACAAAGAUCCCUGUGAUAGAAUGUACUAUUCGACAAAGUGCUUGUAUGAUUACAGCCCCGAUAAUUUCCUUUAUCCAUAAACAACAAAAUCAAGAGAAUCCCGAGAAAUUGAAUAAAUUUGGAGGAAAAAGGAUAAUUAAUUUGGUUAAACAAUUUAUUAAUUGAAAAAUAUAAAAUGUAAUUCGUAAUUGAAACAAAAAUUUUUAUCCACUUCCAACAUUUUAUUUUUAAUGAAUCAUUUAUUUCAAACACAACCUUUUUAUAACUUAAUUCUUUUUGCUUUUUCAAACUCGCUAUACUUACAUAUGA